AUGCCUUACAACUCUUUUGAAAAAAUCCCAGAGGUUUUCUUUGAAUUAAAAAAAUUGCGAGAGCUGGAUUUAUCACACAACAAAAUCCAAAAAGUCGUCUUAGGCGAUAAUUCAAUCGAACAGCUGGAUCUCAGUUACAAUGAAAUUACAUCUAUCGAACUGGACGAGAAAAGCAACCAAGAUUUAAUCAGUUUAAGAAAAUUGAAUUUGUCGCAUAAUCAAAUCAGUCAAUUACCUUCUAGUUUAACCGGCUGGACAAAAUUACAAGAAUUACAGGUGAACCAAAACAAGUUAAAAUUUGUGUUUUCUGCUGACAAGGCUACGGUUUACCCCGCUCUUGUUCGUUUGGAUGCCAGUAACAACUAUAUCAGUUCCAUUAACAAGAAUGAUACUAUCGUUGUCUCCAUGCCUAAAUUACUGGAAUUAUCUUUACUAAACAACAAGUUUACUGAGACAGGUCUAGUAGGAUUACAUGGCGCACCAAAUAUCCAAACCUUGGAUAUUUCAUCCAACCAGUUACAAGAUAUCCCUGCAUCCGUUACAGGUUUGUCUCACUUACAACGUCUCGAUGUAAGGGGAAAUCAGUUACAUGCAUUACCUUACGAGUUAGGUAAACUCGCCGAGUUGGUCGCUAUCCAGUGCGAAGGCAAUCCAAUGCGUGCUGUAUCUUCCAUGAGCCAAACGCAAUUGAUUGAAUCUUUACGUAGUAACUACAACCAGCAGGCAGACGAAGUACAACAAGUUGAAGUGGGCCAAGUUGCAUUAACCGAAGAAGAAGUAGAGGACGAAGUGUCUGCACUUAAUUUUACCCAAAAGGUCAAUAUCACGAAGCGACUUGAUUUAUCUAAAAAGCAAUUAUCAGAUUUAUCAGUGGAUACCAUGACAUUUUCUGAAGAUAUUCCCGGAAUCAUUUUAUUAAACAACAAUGAAUUCACUUUAUUCCCUAUGAGAUUAAGCUUAAUUUCAAACUUUAUUGUUCAACUUCAUUUGGAGCAUAACAAAAUGACCAGCUUUAAUUUUACAAUGGAAGGUGUUGUAUUUACUGCGCUUAGAACACUAAAGUUAUCCAGCAAUCGUAUAAAGUCAUUGGAUUGUAGUGGAGCCACCAUCUCGUUUCCAAAACUAGAAGAGUUGACUUUGAGUCAUAAUGGAUUAACCGCGUUACCCACCAACCUUGGUCAGACCUUACCCGCACUUAAAAUACUCUCAUUGAGCUCAAACAAGCUGGACGAUAUUGUGGACACUAGCUUUGGUUUAAAGUUAGAAAUUCUGGAUUUGAGUAACAAUGAUAUCGGAUAUUUGCCACCUGGAUUGUCAAAUAUUCAGACGCUAAAAGAAUUGACGGUUUAUGGAAAUAGAUUUAGAGUACCUCGUCCUAAUGUUGUGGAACAAGGAACGAAGGCCAUUUUAGAGUUUCUUAAAAGACGUAACACGCCUGCAACUUGA